AUGGAGCUGCCGGAGUGUGGGGUCCCUGAACCCCAGCACGGCUCCGGGGGCCAGGCUGCCGUGCCGGGAAGACUGAGUCACAGCCGGCAGAGCGGGCUCAGCCUGUUUGGCAUUUCGCUCUGCCUCCCCGCCGGGGGCUCGAUGGCUCCGGCGCUGGCAGGGGGCUCGGUGGCCCUGGCUACCACGGUGGCCUGGGGCUUGGCCACCACCGGCCUCUCGCUGCUGCUCCUGCUCCUCCUCUGCUCCUUCUUCCACAGGGCAAACUGGCGGUUUUCCACCCAGAAAAUGAAAGAAAACCCUGGGCUCGUCCGAGGGGUGAAGCUGGCGAGGCUGGGCUCCAGCGAGGGGGGAGCAGCGCUGCCGGGAGGCACCCCCUCUCCCGGUGAGCCCCGGCAGCAGGCGGACGGCCCCACGGUGCUGGGGCACCCGGAUAACCGCACAGCGGGGGACCCCAAGCUGCACGUACCAGGCUGGACACCCCAUUCCCAUGCACUUCCCAGACCAGCCCCGAGGAACCCUGAGUUUCUGCGGCACCGGCAGCUGCCGGUUGUGCCCGGGGAUGCCGGCGCACCCGUGGCGGACCCUGUGUCGGAUGCCAAGGGACCCAUCUACGAAAGCGUCCGGUACAAAUCUGGGACACUGAAAAAGCCUUGGGAUACCGGCAGCGUCCCGGGGGAUUCCUCAUCCCUGCCCGCCGGGGACGAGCUGAGCAUCUCGGUGCAGGAGGUCAUCGCCCCGGAGGAACCGGGCAGCGAGGGGAACCCCGCUCCCGUGUACGCCCAAGUGUGCAAGCCGGCCCGGGCACCGCAGCCCAGGCAGCCCGCUGGCCCCCCCGAACCCCAAGAAGAAACACCUCCAUCGCUGCCAGAAAAGCGUUUCGAUGUGGCAUAG